GCUUAGAACCUGAAGCCUCGAGAACACAGACCUACGUGCCCUUCAGUCUCCUGCGGACGGGUGUCCACGUGCGCGCCAGGCGAAGUAACUUCCACUCUCCCAACAGGAGCUGUUUCCACAAGCACUUUUUCAGAGUACUAAGUAACUGCCAGAAGGGAAGUCCGGGCAUUUCACAAACCUACAAGCCGCGCUUUUCGCAUGCGGUGGAGCUGUAAGCGGCAGACUAUGGGGCUGGUGGCUUGCAGGAGACAAGAAGUGGCCCCUGUGGAUCAGGACCACGGAACCCGAACUGCAGCCUCCUGGGGACUCAGAGCUCGGCCGACCAUCAGCCCGAACCACAGGCACAGGAAAAAUCUCAAGAACCCGAGACUCUGGUUUCCUCUGACCCACACGCCAAGGCUGCUUCCCUAAACUGCAGGUCAAGUCUGCGCGUGGAGCAGAGCGCGCAGCUGACUUUUGCAGCGCGGGCAGCGCCAGCAGGAUGUCGCAGCGCAUCGCCGAGGAGCCGACCGCGGUGCUCACCGACCAGGGCUUCUACCUGCCCCGCACCGGGCAGCCUCAGCCCGGCACCCCGAGGCAGGAGAGCCUGAAGAAGCGGCUGCGGGCGGAGGUCAACGUGUUCGGGGCUAUCCAGAUCCUGUGCGGCGUGAUGGUGCUGAGCCUGGGGAUCAUUUUGGCGGUGGCUCCGGCUUCCCCGCGUUUUACCACUGAGUUUUCAAUACUGAUAAAAUCUGCUUACCCAUUUGUAGGAGCCCUGUGUUUUAUCAUCACUGGAUGCCUCUCCAUCAUCACAGAAAAGAAAUCAGUUAAGCCUUUGGUCCAGGGCAGCCUGGCCUGCGGCGUCCUGAGCACAGCCCUGGCUCUGCUGGGCAUCGCGCUGCUGUCCUACACACUGGCUGCUCUGGAGUCUGCCUUCCGGCAGUGUGAGCUGAGCAGGAAGCUGAGCCCAACCACGCAGUCCUACUUUUACUACCAUCCAGAGGACCGCGACAUUCACUGCUUCACCGCCAAAGCCAGCCUGAUGGGCACCGUGACUGUGAUGCUGAUGUGCACGGCGCUGGAGCUCUGCCUGGCUGUGCUCACCACCGUGCUGUGGUGCAAACAAGCUCAGGCGGACUUCCCUGGGAGUGUGCUGUUCCAGCCCCAGAGUCACAAGAACAAUCCCGCCAUAUUCUCAAAGGCCCAAGAAGAGCCUGGGUAUGAAGAGCUGAUCAGUUCUUAAUAAAAGGAAUAUAAACUAC